CGACUCCCAAUGAUGGAUGUUCGGGAGCUACACCUCAUCUUGUGGAUGAUUUCGAAUCAGCAUUUCAGGUUUCUGUUUGCUUAGAGUAGCUUAAACUUGAAAUGCAUUGCAUUCAGAAUUGCAUUUCUUUAUUGACUUCACAAGAAAAUUUCAAUGUUCAGGAUUCAGAGGAGACCAAAAUGAGCGUUGAAAAUAGUAUACAGAGAUUCCUAGAGUCAGCUAGACAAAUGGAAACAUUUUUCCUCAAUAAAAGAUUAGUUUUAUCUGCAUCAAAGCCGGAGCAUGUGUUAAAUGAGGAAAUUGUUGAACUAAAAGCUGAACUAGAACGCAAGGAAAAACUGAUUGAGAAACACCAUGAAAAGUUACCAAAAUGGCAAGCAUCUCUCAGGGCAAACGUCCCACCACCAGCAACAACACCUUCUAGUCCUUUCUCUGGCACACAAGUACCACCUCACCAGGCUAUGGCACAGAUGCCCCCUAUGGGCUCUAAUGUGGUGGUUAAUCCAGCAAUGAUGAGCCAACAGCCUCCCAAUAUGGCACCUGGUCAGUACCCAGGUCCACCGGCUGGUCAUCCUGGACAGUAUAAUAUGCCACCACCUGCCUAUCCUCUGGCUUAUUUGGAAAGGAUGUAAUCUCUGCACUCUGCUGAUGAGUAGCCCUCUCUUGUUGGGUUGUUGUUUUUUUUUUUUAAAUAAAAGUUUACUUUAAAAUGAAUUUGUUAAUAAACUGCAUUAUUGUUCCCCAUCUUUUUGGGCAAUUUUUUAAACUAGUGGGCUCCUUACCAUUAUUGUUAUUUUCACAGGGAUCAAUUAUGAUGCUGAUGUUGUUUUCUUAAAACUUGAGUUUUAAAAAGUAGGCCUAUACAUAUGUUUAUGAUUAAACAAUGAAUUAAUGAUUGCUCUUUAUGGUCAGACAAGGUAGAUUGAAAGCUAUACUAUGCUUACAGUUUUUUAAAGAUUAUUUUGUUAUUGUAUCUGAUAAUUUUCUUGUAAAUUUGUACAUAUAUUGUGACAUAUUUUGGAAUAUUAAAAUGUAUUUUAAAAGCC